AAGGGGUCAAAUUGGAACGAGAGCUGUAAAGGAGACCGACGACAAAAUACAAACCGAAGUGGGUUUCGAAUCUUCAUCUCCAGACGAUCGUUCGAGUUGCUGGGAAUUUUGUCCUCAAAAUAUCUUCCGAGAUAAGCUUAUAAACUGGUGCCAGUUUGAGGAAAAAAGAUGUGGGCAGCAUCUUGCCUUGCGUCGUGCUGUGCAGCUUGCGCAUGUGAUGCAUGCCGUACGGUUGUUUCGAGUAUUAGCCGUAGGUCUGCAAGGAUUGCAUACUGUGGCCUCUUCGCACUCUCUCUGAUUGUUUCUUGGAUUCUCAGAGAGGUCGCUGCUCCCCUUCUGGAGAAGAUCCCUUGGAUUAAUACUUUCCAUGAAACACCUAGCAGGGAUUGGUUUCAAACUGAUGCAGUCUUGCGGGUUAGCUUGGGAAAUUUUCUCUUCUUCACCAUUCUAUCUGUAAUGAUGGUUGGUGUAAAAAGUCAAAGGGAUCCCCGUGAUGGUAUUCACCACGGUGGAUGGAUGGUGAAAGUUAUUUGUUGGUUCCUUCUGGUGGUACUAAUGUUUUUCAUUCCAAAUGAGAUUAUUACCUUUUAUGAGUCUAUAUCAAAAUUUGGCUCAGGACUGUUUCUUCUCGUCCAAGUUGUUCUUUUGCUGGAUUUUGUUCACAGAUGGAAUGACACCUGGGUUGGAUAUGAUGAGCAAUUUUGGUACAUCGCCUUAUUUGUUGUUUCACUUUUCUGUUAUCUUGCAACAUUUGUCUCGUCUGGAUUUCUCUUUCACUGGUUCACACCAUCAGGACAUGACUGUGGGCUCAACACCUUCUUUAUAGUCAUGGCCCUAAUUUUUGCGUUUGUUUUCACAGUUGUUGCACUACACCCUUCAGUUGGUGGCAGUGUUUUACCUGCAUCAGUCAUCUCGUUGUACUGCAUGUAUCUCUGUUACAGUGGGCUUGCUAGUGAACCAAGAGACUAUGAAUGUAAUGGUCUCCACAAGCAUUCCAAGGCUGUUUCUACUGGCACGCUUGCCUUGGGUCUUCUCACCACUGUUCUAUCAGUAGUCUAUUCUGCUGUUCGUGCUGGUUCUUCUACAACCUUGCUUUCUCCUCCAAGUUCACCCCGUGCAGGAAAGCCAUUGCUUCCAUUGGAGAAGUCAGAUGAGCACGAGGAAAAAGAGAAGGCAAAGCCAGUCACAUAUUCAUAUUCAUUUUUCCACAUCAUCUUCUCUCUUGCUAGUAUGUACUCAGCAAUGCUCCUGACUGGAUGGACCAGCUCUGUUGGCGGGAGUGGCAGGUUGGUUGAUGUCGGGUGGUCAUCCGUGUGGGUUCGGGUUGUGACUAGUUGGGCUACUGCAGCAUUGUUCAUCUGGUCUUUGAUUGCCCCCAUCCUGUUUCCAGACCGGGACUUCUGAGUGGCUUACUCGUCGAACUGGUGAUGUCGAUGUGUCUAAGUAAGUUCUUUUGUGUGCACGUAUGAUGUACAUGAAAAUUUCCAGUGUGUAUAUGGUAAGCCUGGAGGAUGGCUUUAAAACUGGACCUUGAACUUGUUUGGAAGACGUUAUUUCACUUGCAUAUGGUGACUUAAGAAAGAAAGUUAUAAUAUAGACUCCAAAACAGUGCCUUGAGUGAUU